AUGAAGGUGUUCGCCAUCCUCCUCGUCGUGCUCGCCCUGGCUAUCGCCGCCCUCGCCCAGGACCCCACCCCGGUCUCCGUCUCCGGCACCAAGCUCACCGUCACCGGCAACCCCGGCGCCGGCCGCAUCGAUCUCGAGAACACCAAGGCCGACAAGACCUUCCAGUUCAGCCUCAUCAGGAUCAGGGAGGUGUCGGCCUCUGGCGCCGUGCUGCCCACCUACAACUCGUUCAACAACGCCGGCUUCACCACCAGCAAGAACGACGACACCACCUACCAGAGCAUCGCUGCCGGCCAGAUCGACCUGAACUCCAACACCAUCCAGGUGACCACCAGCUCCAACACCACUGUCAACGCCAACAUGAACGUCAAGGUGUACGUCAUCAAGGACACCAACGCCACCGCCGUCUCCAUCAACUCCAAGACCUUCAACCUCGUCGACGGCUGGGCCGUGGUUGAGGUGUCGCUCACCAACUGGCCUGUGCUCUCCGAGGAGAACAAGCUCUACAUCGACGCCCAGGUCAAGACCCCCGGCAAGAGCGGCAUCAUCUCGAGCGGUGUGGCCCACCUCUACGACGGCAUCUACGCCCAGACGGCCCCCGGCACUGGCGCCUCGACCACCCAGACCGUCAGCGGCACCACCGCCAGCUUCACCUACACCUACGCCAACUCGUCGACCAACGCCAACGCCUUCUUCGUCUUCAACGUCGGCCAGGAGACCGACCCCUCGCCCGCCUCGACCCUCACCUCCUUCCUCUCCUUCUUCUUCUAA